UGCUGAUGCACCUGGAGGACUUCUGCUGCUGCCUGGUUUGAGAUUUGGGUGGAAAAGAGCUGAUGAUGAAGGCUAUUGCAGAGAGUGGAUUAUUUGGGUUUCCCGAAUACCUCACUGUCACUUUCAGCCUGAGGCCAUAGUUUGCAGAAAGCCAAGAAAGUGGAAGCUUUCCUAACUUCUUCAGGCUGGCCACUCCAUAAGCCUCCAAAAGCUCACCCUUCCCUACAUCCUUCUCUCCUUCAAACCUACUAGACAACUUGCCUUUUAUCUGCCCACCCCAAUCUUCAACUGUAUUUCUUAAUUUACUUCAUUUAUAACUGCCUUUCUCCACUGUGAGGACCCAUUGCAGCUUACAUCAUGUUUCAUGCCUCCAUAUUAUCCUCGCAACAACCCUGAGAGAAUGGCAAGGAAAACAUCAGCAGAUGGAGUUCAUGGACAAAUGGAAGAAGAGAAGAAGCAGGAAGACCACCAGACAACACCAGAGAAAGCGCUGGAAAAAGAGAGAGAUUUAAACACUCUGGGUUCAGAGAGUACCGACGGAAUUGAUAGCCCAUGGGCAGAUGCAGGUGGUCACCCCACACCUGAAGACGAAAGCAGGCCAACCAAUGAGUCAGAGAAGAGUCAGGAAUUUGAGUCUGAACACCUGGUUACCUGUAUAUUCACAGUCUCACUGGCUGUCCCACUUAAUCUUCCAAGGACUAAGUCUUGGAUUUCCUCAAGACAAGAUGUACCAAGAACAGCAUCUAAAAUGAGAGAAGGAUUAAUUCCAAAAAUGCAUCGUUUUUAUCAUAUGGAGUAUUUUCUUCUACCAGAUGAUACGGAGCCUCGAAAAUUAGAUUUGGUGUUGUUUGGUCCAACAGCUAAGCUAUUUCUGGACAGUGAAUCUAAGUCAGGGACUCCAAAGGAGAAUGAGCGGCCCAGGUCGAAAAAACAAAGCACACUGCAUACCUCAGUUGUGAAACCAUGGCUUGAAAAUGACCAAAUAUGGGUGUCAUGGAAUCAUAGUAUUGAAAUCAAUGUUACCAAUGACUUUCUAGUGAAGCUGAGAGAUCACAAAAUAAAGCUGAGACUAUGGGACAACAAGGAAAAAAUGUGUGCAAAAGCCAAGUUUUGUAAACCAAAAGCAUCACAUUUGGAUCAACCUGAUGUUGAUAGUAAGUUCAUAGUUAGGACUAAAAUAACCAAAUACCUUAUAAACUCUGUGUGAAGAUAAAAGGAUUACAGUGCCCCCUAUGCAGUACCUUAAUAAUUCAUCACCUUACUGAAAUUGAUAACUGCCUUUUAUUUAUGAUUUUUGCUAACUGAAGAAUAAUUGGACAGUGCAUGUGUCACAACUACUCUCUUUUAAUUGUGAGGUUAGAUAUGGUGUGUCUUUAACUGUCUUGUUAUUUCUCUCUCUCUCUGGGUAUGUAAUGCUGCCACCAGGAAUUUAAUUCCAAUUUGAUUAAUUGACCUUUCUGAUAGUAUUGUGGCUAAGCUUUAAGGCUCCUUCAUUAGACUAUGUGGGCCUGAGGAUGAGACUGUUGUAUGGAAAUAACAUAUGA